ACUUACAGGGAAGAACUGUAUUUUGGUGUUUCUUACCAUCUUUGCCACUGUCUCUACAAUCUUACGAGUAUGGCCACAUGUAUGAGCAGUGUUGACUCCAUGGACUCCGAGUUUGGGUCCAUGGAACCAUUUGGUUCUUCCGGCAGAGUUCCUCUUGAGGAAUUGGACACAAAUACUCUUGACAUAUUUUCUCCUGUAGUUGUCACACCAACUCAGCGUCGUCGCGCUGUUCUUCAAAACGAGGCAUCCUCGGCGUUCCGGGCUCGUCAAGCGUCCAGAGCGAGCAAUGGUAGCUCCAGCAAUGGAUUCCGCAGCGCCUCUUCCUCCAGCGAGGAGCGAACUCCUAACGGCAGGCAGUCAGCAACUGCCUUAUUCAGCAAAUACCCUCUGCCCCCUUCCGGCACAGAUAGUGGUAUCGGUGAUAGCUCCGGAUCUGGUCGAAGUAGUGCAAGUCCCAACACGGGCCACCGUGCCUCGCCAUCUUCCUAUCCUUUUCCCAGUCCUGGCUUCAGCCCGUUCACUUUCAACCUCUGGGGAAAGCCGACGCCGACAACAACAAUUCCGGAAGCUCAGAACAAGGAAAACUCGAGCUGGAAUGACACGGUGUGGCAGAGUGCAUACCUGAAAGCGGCUUCGGCAUUUCAGUUUCCCACUGGCGUUCACCUACCCGGCAUGCCACAACCACCGCAGCUCCAGCAGCGUGGUUCUGCGGCUCGUCGCCAGCCCGAUAUGCCGAUGCCAGCGGAGAUAGCCAGACCGUUGACACCAGUACCCAUGGCCCCGACAGCACUGCCAAUGAUGGACACGGUACCACCACCGAUGCCAACCAUGCAACGCAGCAAGGUGAAGCUACCCGAAAGCAAGUACAAAAAGGACGGCAGCGAGAUCUACUCCCGCAAGGUGUUCAUCGGCGGACUGCCACCGGAUAUCGAAGAUCAUGAGAUUAAGCAAUCCUUUCUCUUCAGUGGCAAUGUGUCUGUUGAUUGGCCACACAAGUCUGAAACGAACGACCUAUCUCCGCCGAAAGGAUAUGCGUUCCUGGUCUACAACAAGGCAUCAUCAGUGGAUAUCCUGAUAUCAAAGUGUCAUAUGGAAGAUGGCUCCUACUAUUUUCCCGUGUCCAGCCAAUCACAGCAAAACAAGAAGGUGCAGAUCCGGCCAUGGCGCAUCUCCGACAGUGACUACUACUAUGAUACGAAUGCCAAAAUUGAUCCACGUAGAACUGUCUUUGUUGGUGGUGUGCCGCGACCAUUGAGGGCUGUUGAUCUGGCUGGAAGCAUCGAUGCAAAAUUCGGAAAUGUCUGCUAUGCUGGAAUUGACACGGACAACGAGAAUGACUAUCCGAAAGGGGCUGGACGUGUCACGUUCUCGUCUGGCACUAGCUACAUGGCUGCUAUCAACACGCGAUUCAUCCAGAUCAACUUUGGAAAUGUCCUGAAAAGGGUGGAGCUCAAACCGUACGUGCUUGAUGACAUGAUGUGUGACAACUGCGGCGGUGCGCGGUGUUGUAAUCAGCCUGCACCGUACUUCUGCGGCCAUGUUACAUGUCUCACCUACCUCUGUUCAGUCUGCUGGUCUGAGGUACAUGCUGCCACCAACCCGACAAUGGCUCUCCACCGUCCACUCGUGAAGGAAGGUGACCGACGGCUGCAAUCUGCCUCAUGGGGACCAUUCUGAAACGUGCACUCUUUGCUGACACGCAAAACCUGGACAUGCUAAUAAAUUUCAAAAGUAUUUCCUCUCAAAUUCCACACAGUAUGUUAGUAUUAUCUAUUGUUUAGAAUUACAAAAGUUCCAAGAUCCUGACAAAAGAUAGAUUUUAGACCAAAUUUAUUAGAGUACUUAGUCUACAUAGAAGAAACUUACCAUUAGAAUCAAUUUUCCUUGGCUGCAGCAAAUUAUUUAGCACAUCAGUUGGACUAUUUAGCAGCUCAGUAAUCUAUCAUUUGUAUUGUAUGGUUUCCAUUCUCUGCUACGAAAAGACAUUCUGACUCAUUCUGAUUUCUCUGUAUAAAGAAAGAUAUAGAUCUUCUGUUUUAAAACUCCUAGCCUAUACUGUGAGGUACUUUCGCAUUGCACUGGUAGUUUGUUUGCAUGUUUUUGUUUUAGCUUCUCCGACAGUCUCCAUUUAGCAUUUGUUCUAGCUUCCCACGUAACAUCUAGUAUUUCCUAAAAGGCAUCAAACAUGUGCAUGCGCUUUACUCUCGCUCUCAUUGCACUUUGCUUCUAGCUUCCUUUGCUAUGUUACUUGUUAGCUAAAUAUCAAAAUACGAAUUAUAACAGCUGA